AUGGUCGACCCCUCGGAGGCUGAGGAGCAGAAUAAGUGCAAAGGUCCACAGCUCGACGCACCAGCUGUGGCCACCGAACACCCUCGACUGCCAGAGGAAGCCGAUGGCACAACGACAGAGGAGGAUGGGGACGCCGGUUUUGAGACACCGCCCACCGGCAGUUCUGAGCCGAGCCCCUGCCACGCUGCAUCCCCGGUGGGGCCAGACGCUGCCUCUCAGGGGGCAACACCUCAGCAACCACAGACUCAGACAGAUCUGUCACCCAAGAUGUACCUGGACCUGUACAACUUCGAUUCACCGGCUGCAGAGGGCAGCCGCUAUGUGCUAACGAGCCCCCGCUCUCUGGAGGCAUGUGCUCGAUGUGGGGUCAAACCUGUGGAACUGCUGCCCCGCCCCCUGGCUGACUUCGCUCGGGAGGCUCCUGGACGCUCCAUGCGUGUCGCUACAGGGUUGUUUGAAGUCUACGAGAGGGACAGACACGCCAAACUGAGGCAGUGCAGGGAGGAGAGGGAGAGGAUUGUCAGGGAGGAGAAAAGAAGGAUUCACCAGGCAACAGUCAAUAGCAGUAGCAGUGUAUCAUCUUCCUCUGUGGACAAAGCCUCUUCUGGCUCUAGUCAGCCUCCUAAAUCUGGGCCAGUGACCUCAAGCACAGCCCCUGAUGUUGGAGCAUCCUCUAGAGCCACAGCGCCAGGUCCAACCUCUAAAACAGGUACAGCUCUUUUAUCUAAAGCCCCUGCCCCCAGUCUUAGUACCUCCCCUAAGUCUGCCCAUGCAGGAUCUCCUCAGUCAUCAAAAACUGGUUCUGCAACCUCUACACCAUCUUCCAAGGGCGGUUUCCAAGGAUCUGCCAAGCAUCCUUUGUCCUCAUCCACUGAGCAAGUAAAGACCACCCAGCCACUCUCGUCUGGCCCUCCGCCGGUUGUCAGGAAAUCCUCUGGUGGUAAAUCUUCAAACACUUUCCCCAGAUCGACGCCAAAACCGCCCUCCUUCCCCAGAGCCAAUUCUACAUUAACAUCGUCAGUGUCAAAGCCUCCAGUUCAGAGCUCUGGGACGCCUCCAAACGGCGUAACUGGAGGACCGUUCUCUCAGCACAAUGGACAUCUUGGAUUUCACUCCAAAGUGAGAGGAAAAAGUCAUUCGCUGGAGUCCUUACAGCGAAGGAUGGAUCCCGUUUGCUCUUCCACCUCCACCACCACAACGACCACUACAUGCACCUCAUCAGAGUCAGGUGCUUCCUCUUCAUACAGCUGGGACGGUGCACGGGAUCACUGGGCUAAAGUCUCCAGCCCCCGAGCUCGGACCCUGGCUACGUUCAACUCCCUGAUGGGCCGCAGCCUGAGCCUCGGUGACCUUAGCCACUCUCCUCAAACGACACAGAAGGUGGAGCGCAUAGUGAAGGAGGUGAAGCGCCGAGGCCUGAAGGCCGUGUCGGAGCGUGACCGCAAAAUUGCGGCUCUGAUGCUCGCUAGAUAUCAGGAGGAAGACAUCAUGAGUCAGACCCGCUACGUGGCUCAUCUUCAGUGGGACAGUGAGCGCAGAAUGGAGGAGCUACGGCGGGAGCAGGAGGACAGAGAGAAGCAGCGUGCGGUGCUUCAGUGCAAGCGAGUGUGGCAAACACAAGUGUCAAUACGUCAGAGAAGACUGAGCCAGCAGGAACGGGAAUCGGCAGCUGCCAAAAUGCGGCAGGCUGAGGAGAACGAGGAGCGAUGGAGGGAGCUUGCAGUGCAGCAGGAGCGCAGCCGUCUGCUGAGGUUACAGCAGGCAGCACGAGAGGAGAAGCAUAAGAAAGCACUUCAGGAACAGAACCUGAAGGCCCUGGAGGAGGAGAGGGCGGCCAUGCUGGAGCAGGAGAGGCUGCUGCUGAAAGAGAAGCUCACCAUGGCUGAGCUGAAGAGACAAGAGAAGGAGCACCAGGCCCAGGAGGAGAGACGAGGCCUGAACAAAGCAGAGAAGAGACGUCACGCUGCCCUGAUACAGGAAAUUGCUCGCAGAGAGCAGGAGGAGAGGGAGGAGGCCAGGAGGGCAGCAGAGGAGAAGCUCAGCCGCUCCCUGGAGAAUUAUGAACAGAUAGUUGAGCGUCGAGGGCAGGAGCUGAAAGAAAAGGCCAAGCGUGAGGAGCAGCAGAUCCAGAAAGCACGCAAGGCUGCAGAGAAGCGUGAGAGGCAGCAGCAGCAGCUGCUGGAGGCUCGUGUGAGGGAGGCAGAGAAACGAGCCCAACAGGCAGCUUUAGUGGCCGAGGAGAGGGCCAGAGAGAAAGCUCAGCGGGCCAUCCAGAGUCGACAGGAGAAGGAAAGACUCCAGAGGCUCAACAGGCAGCGCGUGGAGGAGGAGGAGAGGCAGAGACGCCUGGAGCUGCUCCAGUCCAUCGAGAGGAAGCUGGAGAAGAGUGAGCAGAUCUUCAGAGAAAAGAAGGCGGUGCUGGAGAGCGCUCGCUCUGUGGCCCAAGCCUCUUUUCAUGUGCGAGACAAAGUGCGGGAGGAGACCAACAUGCGUACUUUUGAUAAAAUGGCCCUGGAAGCACAGCUGAAAGCCAGCCUGGAUGAAAACUGUCUCGGGCACUGGACUAAAAGCUGUGCUGGAAUGAAAAGAGUCAUUGUUUACCAGGAAGCACAACUCCAUGACAACUGCAGAGGCUUUUAA